UCGGUGCUGUGCUCAUGCAGAGUUUAUUUCACUCAUUCACAGGGACCACAAGCUUCUCUCUCCUGCUUUUGGACUGAACUUCACAGAUCUGUUUCCUCCGGGAUGGCUGCGUUGAUUCUGGAGGGGGAAACACGUUAUGGAUCCAGUCCCUUGGCUAUGCUAACCGCCACCUGCAACAAGUUUGGGAGCAACAGUCCUGUCCGAGACUCCGCCACGCCUGGUAAAGUAGCCAACGCAGCACCCAUUAAGAAACCCUACAGCAUGACCUCUGAACUCCAGACCCCCAAGAAUGGACGAGGCAGUGAAGGCGUAGCAGACACUUACAGCGGCUCUUUCAGCUCUGGUGGCAGUUUGCUAACCCCAACUGGUAGCCCUCCACCUCCUUCAAUGGGAGCUUACAGCUCCGACUAUAACCCUUUCUCAAGUUUCCAGACCUCGACUGCUUCUCAGGACCCUUCGCUUUUGGGGACAAAAACCACGGCGGACUGCCUGAACACCUACUUGGAUAUGACGCACCCAUAUGGGUCAUGGUACAAGGGCAUCCACCCUGGUAUCACGGCAGCUCCUGCGAACGCCACUUCUUCUUGGUGGGAUGUCCACACCAACUCAAAUUGGCUUAAUGCUGGGCAACCUCAACCCGACAGCCUCCAAGUGCCCCUCCAACCGGUGGCACCACAAGCCUCCCUCAACGCUCAGAUGUCCAGCUACACUCCUGACUUCACGCCCCUCAAUCCAGCGCCAUACCCUUCCGUGGGUUUAAGUUCAUCUUCACACUUGAUCCAAACCUCCCAACACAUGCUCCCGCAAGACAUGUACAAGCCCAAGCCAGUGGCAAGUUCUGGGAUCCUGGACAACUCGAUGGGUCUCAAACCAGCCCGAGGUUCUGGUGGAUACACGGGUGGCUCUACCACUGGUAGAUCUUCCUGUGACUGCCCAAACUGCCAAGAGCUGGAGAGGCUUGGAGCAUCCGCCGCAUCCCUGCGGAAAAAGCCUGUCCACAGCUGCCAUAUUCCUGGUUGUGGAAAGGUCUACGGCAAGGCCUCUCACCUCAAAGCCCACCUGCGUUGGCACACGGGCGAGAGACCCUUCGUAUGCAACUGGCUGUUCUGUGGAAAACGCUUCACCCGCUCUGAUGAACUAGAGCGCCACGUGCGCACCCACACGCGGGAGAAGAAAUUCACAUGUCUGCUAUGCAAUAAACGCUUCACUCGUAGCGACCAUUUGAGCAAACAUCAGAAGACCCACACAGAAGCUAGUCUGCAAGGAAAAGGAGCGGAAGAGGAGGCGGAUCCCAGAGGACCGGAGGAACCAACGGACUCCAGUAAAGUGGCUCCUUCGGGGUCCGCAAGUGGCAUGCAGGACCCCACAGCCGGUGGAGAAGAAAAGACCACAGGAAAUGGUGUGGACAGCAGCAGUGGACUGCUGGAGAUAUAACAGUAUGCGUUGGAAUGGUGGAGGACUUGCAUUGGUGCUAAGCUGUGUAAAACUGAUACCUUGUGCAAAAAACAUUUAUUUUUAGGAGCUAGUUGAAUGUGGUCUCCACAGAUCAGCUUACCAUGAACACAGUUUUUUUUUUUUACUGGAACAAAAGGUGAAAACUGCUGGUUUUUGGAGAGAAAGUCCAUACAAGAAUCGUUUGAUACACAAGUUCUUCAGACAGAUCCUUGACAGUUGUCCGACUGGAGUGGCCUGCAUUUUGGGGACUCUUUUUCAUGAUUUUGACUCUUCAUCUUGAUUUUUAUCUAUUAAUUGAUGUUUUUUAAGUGUUGUGUUUGACCAUUUUAGGGGCAGAUGUUUUAGAAGCCCACCAAUCUGUAGAUUGCAUAAGUUUCUUUGCAGCAUCCCACAUUUGGGCUUUCAGUUGAUGCACAUUUUGCCCUUUUCUAAUCUUGUUUAUUUAAUUAAAAUUAAUUUCUUUUAUUUUUUUAAUUCUUUGUUCAAGAAUUUCUUGGAUAGAAUUGAUCAGGACAUAAUCUUCAAUAAUUCCAUUAUUGAUCUCUGUCUUUUACAAUGUUUUAUUUAAUUUCUUUUUUACAUAAAAUCUAAUUUAUGUCUUAAAUUAUGAACAGUUUGGAGACUAUGUUGUGUUUCAAUGGUUUUGCUGAAUGGAAACCAAGUUCUCGGAUCGGAGCGAGUCAUUUAUUAAUAAAUUAAGUUUUCUCAUUCUCAUGUGAUGAUUUAUUUAUUUAUUUUUUUGACACAUUUGAAGUUCUUUUGCCUUAUUUUCCUGACUCUUUUGUACAAUCUUAUAACCAAAAAUUUCACCAAUAAUUUUAAAAGAGACAUUCAAUCUUAAGGAAAACAUAUAUGUCAUUUUGUAAAGUAAAAUUUUAAUUGUGGGAAACAAAAUCCCAUUGAUCAUGGAUGAAAGUCAAAUUGCAAAUUUAUAAU